AUGAAAAUGCAGGAGCUGGGCAAUGAGAAGAUCCAACUUGCUAGUCAGAUGGUGGAGAUGUUGGAGAAUCUUAGCCGGCAAGUAGACUGUCUUACUGAGCUUCUAGAAACCCGACAUGAACCCCAAGAAAGCAUGACAGCUACUACCAUAUCUUCUGUUAUUCCCAGCAAGAGAAGGGAAGAGGAGAAAAGAAGAGAGAAAUCCAUUGGUUCCAUAGAAGGUUGUCAGAAAAAUAUUGACACUCAGAAGAACGUCUCUAUAGUUCACCAUGAUGAAGGGACUGGCGGCAUUGUCAGGGAGAAGCAGAAUAAAACCUCAAAGAAAAAGAAGAGGUCCAAAGCCAAAGCUGACAGAAAGCCUUCACCUACAGAUCUACUUAUUGAUCCGAAUGAGACUACUUACUGCCUGUUUGAGCAGGUGUCAUUCGGGGAAAUGGUUGGUUGUGAUAAUUAUAAAUGUCAAAUUGAAUGGUUUCAAUUCUCAUUUGUUGGGCUUAAUCACAAACCCAAAGGGAAGUGGUAUUGUCCAAAAUGUACGGGAAACAGAGAAAACCAUGCACAAAGCUUUGGAAAAAGCAAAGAAGGAGAGGGCAUUUAA